AUGCCGGAUCCGGAGACCGAUCUAGUCCUCUGUGAAGUCUGUGUACGUCAAAUUUCCGGAGAAGGAAAAUGUGUUACGAAGUGCGACGUUGCACAUCAAUGUAUGCUCUGCUUUGGAAUAAUGGAUCAGGCAAUGAUCGAUGAGGUUAGAAAACUUUAACAUCCCGUACAAAUUUUGAAAUUAUAAGGUUGGAGAAAGAGUGCUAGAAGAACUAAAGAGUUCUCCAUACGAUUCGAACAGCUUUAUUUUGGCCUUAAGUUUACCUGUCGGUCAAACUCUUCGGUUAGUUUUUACAUUUACGUUCAUACAAGCAAACUCAAAAUUUUAGAGAGAUACUCAUCAGUAAAUUGCGACCAGAUUUCAAUGGCACAUUGGUUUCAGUGCCGUUCAAAGUGCGCAAUAUUGAUGGAUAUUUGAAAAAAUUAGGAUCGGUAUGAAUUAAAAAAGGAAAACUUUAAAAAUAGCUUUUUCAGUACUCUGGAAAACGGCCAACUUUAAGCUCCGACUUACAACUCACGAUCGUAUUCGAUCAGGAUGAGAUGGACUUAACUGAUUUCGCUUUCUUAAGCAAAGCGUUUCCAAACAAUUUCCGGACUCCAAAAAGGGGGAGAGAAAAUUCAUUAGGUAAAGAAAAAUCAUUGAAGUGAGAUUUUAUUUUAGUUAGAUAACAAGAACCAGUAUUCGAAGCAACAACUGCAGCAAAUCACAAGUCGUUUGAAUUUAGAUAUUGCACGGUACCGAUUUUUGAAUUUUUCAAUAACACGAAGUUAAAGGCCCAAGAAAACAUUAUUAUCUGAACGUGUCGACAAUGGUAGAGAGAACAAUUAGCUGUACCUGGAUUUUGUGCACCAUUUAUUCAAUUUUUCAAAAAUGCCGGGAAAUAGGUAUCAUCGUUCUUAUUUAAUAUAGAGCUAUCGGAGUCUGUCCAUAUCUUUCUUUCCUUCUUUGUUAGUUCGUAUGAUCAUUUUCGUAUUUCUGAAACGGACUAAAAUGUAACGGAAAAAAUCUCUCAGGCAACAUUUUCAUCGAAACUAAACACGGAAUGAUCUCGAUUCCCACCCCGCACACGUAUGAGCAGCCGUUAGUUCAAAAACGCUGUUUUCGUAGAGUCUGCGAGUAAUUUUUGUGAAUUUUUUGUUGCCGUUUGCUAUUUUCGAUCAUAAUGAACACAAUUUUCGUAAACAGUCGGUAUUAUAGGGGCACCGGACAGAAAGGGCGCGCUGUUUGCAAUCUGGCCGAAUUUCUAGGCCGCGAAGUAAUUUUCCACUGAAAAUGUGGCCUAACUUUUCAAACUCGGCCCCGAGGUCGCUCAAUUUACACUGCAAAAAGAGUUUCAACAGAGCGCCACUUCUGUGCGGUGCCCCUAUAAUACGCAACGGGAAUAUUUUAAACUUUGCAGGUGUUCUCUUUGUUCCCUCUAGGGUUGGCAAUGGGGCGAGAAGAGGCGACCCGCUCGCCUCGCUGGUGAGGCGAGGGGCGCCCCCUCGCCUCGCUAUUAAAUGUGUGUCUGAUUUUUUUCGAACGUAUUGUGAAAAAAUUUUACAAGUGGCAAAGUUGUGACGUGUGUGCGUAUGUAUCAUAGGGGCACCGCACAGAAAUGGCGCUCUGUUGAGAAACUCUUUUUGCAGUGCAAAUUGAGCGACCUCGGGGCCGAGUUUGAAAAGUUAGGCCACGUUUUCAGUGGAAAAUUACUUCGCGGCCUAGAAAUUCUGCCAGAUUGCGAACAGCGCGCCCUUUCUAUCCGGUGCCCCUAUAAUAUAUGUGUAUGGUGAUUGGGUAAGAAGUAUAUUAAGAACGACUAUAGGAAUAAAAACGUUAAAAAAAUUAUAUGUACUGUGCUUUUCCUUGUAUAGAACAGACGUAUUAUAGGGGAACCGGACAGAAAGGGCGCGCUGUUCGCAAUCUGGCCGAAUUUCUAGGCCGCGAAGUAAUUUUCCACUGAAAACGUGGCCUAAAUUUUCAAACUCGGCCCCGAGGUCGCUCAAUUUGCACUGCAAAAAGAGUUUCUUAACAGAGCGCCAUUUCUGUGCGGUGCCCCUAUAAUAUUUAUUUAUCAAAUGUUGGAAAUCCCAGAAUACUGCUGAAAAAUACCCGUUUUUUGAAAAAUUAUGCUUUAUCUACGGCGUGGGGGCGCCCCAUAAAUGGGGCGAGGGGGCGCCCCGCCGAAGCGGGGCGCCUCGUUGCCAACCCUAGUUCCCUCUCGUAUUUAUUUUUCAUAAAACUAGCGGAUCUCGGAUCCGCUAGGUGAGAUACAUUGCACGAAAAUACAUAACCUCCAAGUUGAACGGUCAAAAUCGGACCACUACGAGCCGAGAUAUGUUAAAAAGUUAUGCUUCUACCUAUGUUACAUUUUAAAUGGAUGGGUCUCUCUCUCUCCGGUCUCCCGCCUCUCUCUCUCUUCAGAAAUCUGGACCCUUUAUCCCUCAAAUCCAAGUUUAUUUAAAAAGUUAUGCUUCUACCUGUGUUACAUUUUUCUCGUAUUUAUUUUUCAUAAAAUCUCUACUAAUUUUUUUCCCGAAGGAAUCCUUUAACUUUUUAACAGUUUUGAGAAUGUCUUAAGGAAACAUGACUUGUUUUAAGGUACUCUCAAUUCAUCGCUCUUGCCCCCUCAAUGUUUGCGUACUGAUGCCUAAUUUUAGAAAUUUUUUUGGCUCUCCCCCAUAAAAAAAGAGUGAACUUUACAGCAAGUACGUGUUUAAAUCACCCACUCGACGAUGUGCAUUCAAGCUAUUGUUCGAGCGAGAUCCUGUUUACAUUGCCGGGCGCUAUUGCAAGUAUUCGAGAUGCAUUCCUCAGUCUCCGUGGAGCGAAGAAAAAGAUGCUCCCAGAGAAGUCGGAAAUUCGGUUUCCGAGAAAAUUUGCAAUGUCUUGAAGACUCACUUUAACGCAAAUGAAUGUCGAUUUGUUACCUCGGGAAGAGAAGAUAUCGACGUAAGAAUGUUAGGAACUGGAAGACCGUUUGUUGUCGAACUGAAAAACUGCAGAACGACGGAGAGUGCUCGGGGGUAAGAUAGAUUCAGCUAUCCUGAAAUCCCAUAAUAAAAAAUCUAGCCUAAAUUACAUCGAUACUUUGAUGGCUUUGGAAAAACGAAUUAAUAUUGACAAAGAAGUAAAGGUGAACUCAUUAACAAGAGUCUCGCGUGAUGUGGCUGAAAAGCUGAACGUGGGAGAGGAAGACAAACGAAAACAAUACUGUGCCUAUUGCUACAGUAUUCUUCCCAUAUCUGACGAGAAUUUUGAUAAAGCGAAAAAGAAAACGCCGUUCAAAAUUGUACAAAAAACCCCCGUAAGGGUUAUGAAAAGACGUUCGUUGCUGGAUCGAGAGCGUACAAUCCACUCUAUGAGUUUCUUGAAGCUAGACAGUCAUCAUUUCUCAGUCAGGUUAGUAUCAUGAAAAUACAUUAUUAUAAAACAAACUACAGGCUUGAAACCCAAGCUGGAACGUAUAUUAAGGAGUUUGUUCAUGGCGACUUCGGAAGAACACAUCGGUCGUUGGCAGAAUUGUUAGGAGUGGAACACGGAGAAUUAGAUAUCCUCGAACUCGACGUCGAAAAUGUAUAUUUGGAAUGGCCGCCAAGAUUUCAAACAGCUAUUCGUUUCCGAUAACUUACUAUUAGUUGAGUAGGUUCCGACAUUAAUUCAAGAUUCUUUCCUCGUUGUUAAUUUUUUUUUUGUUAAUGUCUCACUAGUAAUCAAUAUGAAUUUUAGUUAUUUGUCAUGAUAUUUGCUGUCGAAACUUCAAUAGGGGUUUAAACCCUAAAACUAUUAUUUCUUUGCACCGAAUCAAUCGCUAGUAGAAUAAUGGAAAUUCAGAUGGGCGAAUCUUUCGGACAUGUGGAAGGGCCACAACCAAAGCCUUCCAGGUUUCAAUUCGUACCAGUUCCUGGCGAGUUCACAAGGCAAAUUACUGGAAAAACUUGAUUAGUAAUUUUACAAGAUUAUUUAGAGGAAGAUGGAAGUGUAGAGAUUCGUAUCGUCCAUACGCCGAGACACUUGAGUUUGAAAAAAACAAAACAAAAGAAGAAACGAAUCCAGACAAGUACUGUUAUUUUAUUUUGAAAAAUGUUAUGUAAGUUGUACAAUUUCAGGAUAUCGGUGUUUUUCAAACUGAAACAAAUAAAUGACCCGAAUGAGAUUUCGAGCACGAUACAAGUUACAUCGGUCGAGAACAACGCUCAAGAAGUCGUUGAAGACACCAAUUUAACAGAUAGUAUUAUUAUUACAAGAAAGAAUGGUGUCACCAUUGUUCGGAAAACUUCUGGAUCUUUGUCAUCUGAUAGCUACGAUAAAAUUCGUGAACUGUCCAUUGAUGACUUCGAACAAAAGGCAGGCAAAGCUCCUCGAGUACCUCCAACUCCUAUGAACACACCUCCUGCUACAAUGACUGAGCCAGUAAAUGGGGACUCUUUAUCAUCGGUAAGAAAUCCUAAAGUGAGAUAUAACAAUAAACUGCUGGGAACUAUAUUCCAUUCCUACAGGUGCAGUCAAUAUUUGAAACUUCAACACCAUUAUCAACAAGCAUUCAUGAUACAGAUACUUUAAAAGUGUGUUUUGUUCAUCUUUAUCUUAAUUUAUUCCAAUCCAGCUGCAGGAAAUUCUUGAUACAACAACCUAUAGUGCUAUUGUUUGUGUGUCAGAAGAUUCAAACGUUGUUCCAUCUACUGAUUGUUCUCAUAACGAUGUAAGAGUUUCGGUACUUUUGCUGUUAAUAAAGCCUUUUAUGGGGCUAUUCCGUUUUUUUUUCGUUUUUUUACAUCGCUGAAUUGGAUUUUUUGACGUAAAAAAACGGAAAAAAAAUCAUUUUUUUUUCACAGCCUAAAUCAUGUAAUUCUUUUACAGGACUUAGUGUGCCCAAUUUCAACAAUUGAGCCGACAUUUCAAGUUAUACAGGUUAGAGAUUUCUUACUGUGAAAAACACUACUAUGCGUUCAGACUGAGGAUAGUAAAAACAUGUCAAUGGAUUCGGUGAAAAAUGUGAUUGAAGUACAAACUGACAAAUUGGAUCAAGUAGUCCAAGUAGAAACGCCGUCAAGUGUGAUGAUUACUGUAUCCGCAGCUCUGGAAAAGAAAGAGGUGUGAUUAGCAAGACUAUUGAAGGGACAUAAUGUUUUCAGAACGGGAAUGAUGCCGCUGGAAGCGUGAAUAGUCUUGAUAUAUGCGGUAUCCCGAUUACAGCGCCUCCGACCGCUCCUCAUUCAACUCCAUAUGGAACUCCUAAGGAAACACAACGCUCACCUACUUUUGAUGAGACUUUUUCAAACGGAAUUCCACCUAUUAUCGUAUCCGCGACAGUUAAUUCAUCAUCCUCCACAGAAUCUCCUCUGCCAAUUGACAAUAAAAUCGAGCAAGCGAUGGAGCUCGUGAAAACGCAUUUGACGUAUGCUGUGCGGGAAGAAGUUGACACUCUCAGAAGCACUAUUGCGGAAUUAGAGUAUCAGGUGCGAUUCGUUUUUUACAGGUCAUGGCAAAAUUAUUAAGUUUCAGAUGAGAGAGUUUCAGUUCGAAUGUAACUACUAUCGCCAGAAUUGUAGUCAGGAAAUCGUGGAUCAAGCGAAUACAUUCGUUCGGCAACAAAUGGCUAAAUUUCAACCUCCAUCCCGCAGAACUACCAGCACAGUGGUCAACAGUUUAGAUGGAACUACGCCAGUCUUUUCUGUUAAUAGCUCCAAUACUUCUACACACAUGAGGAAUCUACAAACUCAGAUUCAGCAAAUAAAGGUUCGCGAUUUCCUUGUUUCGGUAUUUAAAAAAAACGAAUUUGCAGAUCGUACCAACACAGAUCACAAAACCAACGCCUAGUACAAGUGAUUCUCCCACUGGUCCCUCGAUGCAUAUUUCGUCGACAGGAUAACCAGGAAACAAAAUUGGAAACAACUGCAUCCACGUUAUUGUUGUCAGUAAUAUUGUGACGGCUUGAUGUAAAUAUGUUCACAUGUAAAUGUUUUCAAAUCUACUGCUUUAACCUAUCGAGGCAUUUCAAGGCAAAUGCGCUCUUCUGUAAUGGUCUUUUCCGGCCCGACCUCAGCGAUUUGAAGUGAGGAAACAGCGGCGAAAAGCGGGUCAAACACACUUACAACCGUGUUUCGCCACAGUGCCGCCGCUGUUUCGCCAGAAUUCCGCCAGAACACUGCGUUGUUUUCCGUUGAAACGGCGUUCCUCCGCCGUUUCGACAAAAGCGCCGCGGCUGUGGUCUCGCCACGAUUUGAGCUUGGCGAAACAGCGGUAAUCCGCGGUUUCCUCAAAACGCCUCUUUCGCCGCUGCUUCCUCACUUCAAAUCGUACGGUAAAUAAAACCAGAAAAAGUUCUUCCAGAAUUUAAAGUACAAACAACCUUUUUUUCUUUUCGCAGCUGAAAAACUACACCCGGGUGUACCCGGAGAUAACAAUUGGAGUGGUUUCUCAACAGGGCGCAAUCACUUUGAUAUGUCCCAAUGUAGAUUGGACCAUAUAAUAGUUUAUUAGUCUAAUUAGUCUAUUCUCCAAUCCAACUUGUGUUAAUUAUUGUUUAGAAAAAUUGGAUAAAGGCUACAGUUUUAUAAUUUAUGUUAACGUUCUCUAGAGUUCGCUCGAUCUCUUGAUUUUUGAUAGAGCGUGUUUGCUCACAUAGUAUUCGUAACUGCGUGAAUUACAGAUGGUGGCAACGGUACUGAUGGUAGCUGAGAAACCAAUGCUAGCAGAGUCGAUCGCGAACCUUCUGUCGGAUGGUAAAGCCAAAAAACGAAAAGGUUUUGCGUUCAACAUGUGCACGUUUUCGUUACCCAGUAGUCCUCACACUAGGCUUUCAGAAAGGGCGUUUUGAGGCACCUCGACGCCUCUGAAGGAAAGGCGCACGCGGCCCACGCCUCGGAAUGAAAGGGCGUUUGUCGCCUUCUUCUCUAGUAGAGACGAAUUUCACCUCAGGUCAUGGAUGAUUUUAGUAGGGCGGCAGAGGGUCGCUUGCGCCCGCCAUGGGUCGCUUCGAAACAGGCGUGGGGGACUCUCGCCUUUGAUGGAGAGGGCAAAGGGCUCACGUCGCCCUCGGCGUAAAACGUUUUUCGUAGUUUUUCAAUUUUUCAUUUUUAAAAUCAUACAAAUUGUUGAAAAAUGCAUAGGAAAACGUUUAUUUUUAUUAUUGAGGCGUUUUACGUCGAUGGCGACGUGCGCCCUUCGCCCUCUCCUUUAGAGGCGAGUGUCGCCUACGCCUACAUUUCGGCGCGACCUUCUGUUUGAGUGUUUAUUUCUUUUAUAUGUGCUGGUCGCAAAAUAUGCCGUUUGAAAUCGUGACGUAAAUAAAAGCGAAACUAGCACAAAACGCGUGGCUACUCCUUUAAUACUCAGGCAAAUUGUUUCUAAUCUAACUAGCUAAUUCUCGUUUCUAACCGGACCUAGUUAGAUUGCUACCGAUUUCUGAAUCUAGCUAGCUGAUUUUGCACGAUCUAAUUAGCUUCGCCAAUCUAAUUAGAAAAUUUAUCAGUCCAGUUGCAAGAAGUUGCAAUCUAAUCGCAGUAAAUUAGCAAUCUAAUUAGGUCCGGUUAGAAACGCGAAUUAGCUAGCUAGAUUACAAACGAUUUAUCUGAGUAAGAAUGAUUUUUAGGUUGGAAUGGAGUGUGCUCAGUCAGCGAAUACAUUAGCGAUUUCCAAGGCAAAAAUGCCAACUUCAAAGUAACAAGUACGUGCGGGCACGUUAUGUCCUUGGAUUUCCCGCAAAAAUAUAAUAACUGGGAGAAAGUUGAUCCGGCAGAAUUAUAUUGCGCACCAAUAGUGAAAAAUGAAGCCAAUUCAAAAAUGAAGAUGAAAGAUUAUCUGGCCUUGGAAGGAAAGAAUGCUGACUAUUUGGUAUUGUGGUUGGAUUGUGAUAAGGAGGGCGAAAAUAUUUGUUUCGAGGUAUCUACAUUUCUAAAAUUCCGUUGUAUUUCAUUAAAUUGUACAGGUUAUCGAUGCUGUUAGAAGCUCUAGUUCUAAAUCAGAACAGGAUUUCAUGAGAAAUGUAUAUCGAGCGCAUUUCUCGGCGAUAACAGAGAAAGAUAUCAAAGCUGCAAUGAGAAGUCUUGGGCGACCGAACGAGAAUAUUUCCCAAUCAGUAGACGUCAGACAGGAACUCGACUUGCGUAUUGGAUGUGCAUUCACCAGAUUUCAGACAAAGUUCUUCCAAGUAAUGACUGUUUAACCACAUUUGAACCGAAAAGAAUGAACAUCAUUAGGGUAAAUAUGGAGAUCUCGAUAGUAAUGUGAUUUCCUAUGGGCCCUGCCAAACACCAACUCUAGGUUUUUGUGUUACUCGGCACGAUCAAAUCGUUCAAUUCAAGCCGGAAUUAUAUUGGGUUCUGAAGACGAAUUUUUCAUGCGAUUUGCAAACGUUCUCUCCAGAAUGGGACCGCGGGAGAGUUUUUGAUUCCGAAGUUGCCAGGCUGUUCUUGGAAAGAGUAAAAGUUAGUUUUAAUCAGUUUUUCAUUUUUUUACGUCUGCUUUUAGUGUUCGAAAAUGUGUACAGUAACUGCUGUCAAUAAAAAAGAAUCGCUCAAAGAAAAACCACGUGCAUUGAACACUGUAGAGCUUAUGAGAGUGGCGAGCAGCGCACUUGGAUUGAGCCCUUCUACUACAAUGCAUAUUGCGGAAAAAUUAUAUACUCAAGGAUACAUUUCGUACCCAAGAACUGAAACAACUGCGUAUCCGAUCAAUUUUGAUUUGAAUGGUACACUGAAAGUUUUAACGGGCGACAAGAAAUGGGGAGCGACUGCUAUUCGAGUGUUGUCGGAAGGAAUUCAACGACCUAAAAGUGGAGUAGAUAAGGGAGAUCACCCGCCAAUCACUCCAAUGAAACUGAACACUGGAAGUUUGAGUGGAGACAUGGCACGAAUAUAUGAGUACAUUGCACAGCAUUUUAUUGCCACACUAAUGAAACCGUGCAUUUAUGAAGUAACAACGGUGAAACUUGUGUGCAGCGAAGAAGAAUUCACACUUCUAGGCAAAACUCCAAUCGAACCAGGAUUCACUUUAGUAAUGCCAUGGAUGAACAUUGAGGACGAAUCCAAAAUUCCGCAGAGUCUUGCAACUGUUGGAGCUACUGCCGUUCUACAGUAAGUUUUAAAGAUUUGAAUACGAUCAAUUACAAUUUUUUAAGCUUAUGGCUGUAGCGCGGGCCGAGUUACAGAAAAAGCUCGGAAUCAGGCUUUCUCGGAAAUGUCCGAGUUUUCGGACUUUCCUCAGGCAAAUCGUUUCUAAUCUAACUAGCUAAUUCUCGUUUCUAACCGGACCUAGUUAGAUUGCUACCGAUUUCUAAAUCUAGCUUAAUUAGAAAAUUUAUCAGUCCAGUUACAAGAAUUUGCAAUCUAAUCGCAGUAAAUUAAUUAGGUCCGGUUAGAAACGCGAAUUAGCUAUUAUAGGGGGCACCGCACAGAAAUGGCGCUCUGUUGAGAAACUCCUUUUGCAGCACGGUCUCCCACGGCGCGAAUGAUUUCAAUGGGGCGCACUUGCAACAGGCGGGUUGUGUCGAUUUACGCGGCGGCCGAUUAAUUAAUUUUCAACGGGAGUUCGCGUUCUUUCCAUGUUUUCUAUACAAUACACCUAUUUUUUGUACGCCUGGAACCUGGAUCCGAAUAAUUAGAGCACUAGCUACGUUUUGGUAACAGAAAUCUCACAUAUCGUUGAGAAUUAGCCGAGUUAUUUCGAUUUGAAGGUUUUGGCCUGGAUUUUGAUGUUUUUCGAAUAGUUUUCGAAAACUGCUCAAGAAAACUAACCGCCGGAACCUAAAUUUUGUGAAGAAAGAUUCAGCGAACAUUUUUAUCGUUCGUUGGACUCAUGAAAUGCAAAAUGAGCUGAAAUAUAAAGGUUUGAAGUUUUGACGAAAUGCGAAAAAUACGCUAAAAACAUGAAAAACUCUAAAUUUAGAACUCUGGGAACUCGAUCGCAAUCUUAUUAGAAAACUUUGCAAUCUAAUACGAACUCGUUUGAAAUAGAAUUCGCUUCAAUUAGAUUGCAAAAUCUUCUAAUUAGAUUACAAUCACUGCAAUUUUUCUAAUUAGAUUGCAAUGUUUUCUAAUUAGAUUGCAAUUUUUUCUUAUUGGAUUCAAUUCAGGAAAAAUAUAUUGUAAUCUAAUGCGAUUUUACUGGAACUUCAAUUAAAUCUGAUUAGAUUGCGAAAUAGAGCGUUUUCUUAUUAGAUUGCAAACUCUUCUAAUUAGAUUGCAAUCGAGUUUCCAGAGAAUUCUGUAAAGAACGGUUUCCAAUCAGUAAAAUAUUGUUUUCGUAGACGUUUUUCAAGUCAAGAAGAAAGAAAUAAAGGUCGUAAACUCGAAUUGAACUGCAUUUUCAGACCUGCAAAUUUUCAAAAGUUACAACGACACUCCGCAAUUUACGAGGGCACUGUGUUUUGCAUUAGCGCCCUGGGAGACAGUGUGAAGUGCAAAUUGACCUCGGGGCCGAGUUUGAAAAGUUAGGCCACAUUUUCAGUGGAAAAUUACUUCGCGGCCUAGAAAUUCGGCCAGAUUGCGAACAGCGCGCCCUUUCUGUCCGGUGCCCCUAUAAUAGCUAGAUUACAAACGAUUAACCUGAGUCCGUCAGAAUUUCAAAAUCGAAUUUGUCCGAUUCCGAUUCAGAGCAGUUUUUGAUUGAGAGGGUGAGCAUCCCGAAAUGGAACUAGUCAGUUCCAUUUCGGGAUGCUCUCGUAGAGAGACCUCUUCGUUUCAAAACGUGAUGUUCCACAACCGUUACGUUUCGCCACUAAAACAAAUUUGGCGCUAAUCAGCGUUAAUCAGUUUUAAUCAGUAGUGAUCGCAUUUGCUCAACUUUCUUUGCCUCAUUUCCAUGAAUCACAGAUAGAAGCAAAUGGUAGUAAAACGUGAGAGUUGCCAAGUUUGUUUUAGUGGCGGAAUGUAACGGUUGUGGAACAUCACGUUGUGAAACGAAGAGAUCUUCUCGUAGAAGGACAGACUCCGUUAGACUUCAAUUGAUAAAAAUGAAAUGAUAGCGUGUUUCUGUUUCAGCGAUGCUCAAUUAAGUGCUCGUGAAACUGUACCGCCCGGAUAUCUGACUGAGUCGGAGCUCAUCACGUUGAUGGAAAAGCAUGGAAUCGGAACUGAUGCAUCCAUUCCGGUGCACAUCAAUACGAUAACUCAGAGAAACUACGUGACUGUGGAUACCGGAAGACGUCUCGUUCCAACCCGAUUAGGUCAAUGUUUGGUCAGAGGUUACUGGAAUGUUGACCCAGAACUCGUUCUUCCCUCGAUGAGAGCUGAACUAGAGACGCAAUUGAAUCUUGUUGCUACGGGAGAGGUUAAUUAUAUUGACGUUAGUUUGCCUAUGAAAACAGAGAUUUUGAACGGCUCAUUUACAGGUAAAAAAUCAUGCAUUGAAAAUGUUUAACAUGAAAUUCCAAUACUUCGUAAACAAUAUUGCUGCCGUAGAUACACUCUUUGAAGGUUAGAGGUUUUAUGAUUUGCGAAAUAAGUUUUGAAACAUUAAAGCUUCAUUUACUACUCUCUCGCAUGCCGGAAAACCAUUCUCUCGGUGUGGUAAGUGCCGGAGAUAUAUGAAAUUGGUGCAAACCAAGCCACAAAGACUUUUCUGUCCUACAUGCCAGGAUACUUACUCUGUACCAAAUGACAGAGGCGGUGUUCUCAAAGUCAUUGGAGAUCAUAAAUGUCCUCUUGAUGAUUUUGAUAUCGUUCUCUGGCAGGUAAGGAAGCCCAACGUCUAAACUUGAGAAACACGGAAUUGUUUUCUUAGGGACCUGGAGGAAAACUAGCACGAUCCUACACUUUCUGCCCUUUCUGCUACAACAAUAAGCCAUUUGAGAAUAUGCCGGAAAGUUCUGGUUGUGACAAGUGCUACCAUCCAUCAUGCUCUUUUUCAAUGAAGUAAAACCAGACUGGUCUCAAAGCAAGCAUAAUAUCUUUGUUCCAGCUCAACUGGUAUUUGCACCUGCUUACAAAACUGUGAAGGAGGUAUCAUGCUGCUUGACCCGCAAUCUCAUCCCAAGUGGAGAUUAACUUGCAACAAAUGCCCGUCCGUGGUGACCUUGUUUGAAGGCGCGUCAAAAGUCAAAGUCAAUACGAGCAAGCAAUGCGGAGAAUGCGGAGCUCAAUUCAUCAGGGCAGAACUGAAGGUGUUCUAUAAACUGCUAAACUCGUAACAAAUUUUACAAAUUUGAAGGAAAACAAGGACGAACUCCGAGGUACAUUCGAUGGUUGCAUUUUCUGUGAAGCAACCAAAAUGUAUCCUGAAGAGAUAAAUCUUAACCAUGCGUUCCUUUCCGAAGAGUCUCGUCAGAAAAACACGCAACAACGACGAGGAAAGUUUGAUGGCCGAAAAAGAGGAUCUCGUGGACGCGGAAGAGGUCGCGGUAGUUCAUGA